AAAGAAUUGUGUGCAAAAGUUAGCUUUAACAAUAAAGAAGAUGAUAAUGAAGAAGAAGAAGCUGAAGAACAAGAAUUGGAGAAUGUUAUAAAAUGAGAAAAAAUUCAAGUUUUAAACAUGAAGCGAAUAAUUGUUAACCUGGAAAAGCCUGUGAAAAUAAAAGUUUAUUUAUUUUUGAUUUGUGUCAAGUGCUGGUUAGGUUUUGUAAAUGAAAAGUGACGUCAUUAUUAUUAAGUCUGGCAAAAAAGCGAUGUCGUCUGUGUGACCGACCAUAUGAGAAGAAGAAAAAAACAACAAACACACAAAUACAAAUCAAACAUUCGUCAUCGCUAACAAACCACCUAAUGUCAAAAAGGGGGUGGUGGGUGGUAUUUUUAUGACCAAGCUUAAAGAAGAAAAAAUACAUGGCUGUCUUAAAAAAGGAGAAAAAAUAAAAAAACAAAACGACUGCUAAGAAAGAAAUAGAAAGUCAUUCUAAACGAAAAUUUACCCUGGUAUUUAUUUUGAGCGAGUUGUGUGUGUGACAAGCAUAAUAAUUAUUUGACAUAAUUCUUUUCCAAGUGCUUGAGUGUUAAAAAAAAUUAAUAAAAAAACUCGAAUAAAAAUUGAUUUUAAUUUUAUUUUCUUUUAUUUUUGUUGAACAAAAUUAAUAUCCCUACAAAUCAAAAAAGUUUAACGGGAGAUAAAGGUGCUGCUGAAAGAAGCCAACAGAAUGGUUGAUUUUUAAAAGAAAAGAAAAAUAAAAAGAAAUAUUCUAGAAAGAAAGAAAUGAAAAUGAAGUGAAAGAUAUAAUAAAAAAAAUUAAAAAAAUAUAUAACCAUAAAAAGCGCACAAAUGUCUUUAAAAAAUAGAAAGGAAGAAAAAUAAAUCAAAGCAAAAGAAAUAGAAAAAAAUAUUUAAAAAUGUUCAAAUAUUUGAAACCCCAUUGAAGUGAAGUUCUAAAAGAAAACAGUGUUCCAAAAGAAAGGAAUUUGAUACAGAAAAACGCAAUUCGGGAAAAGUGAAAAACCCCAAUUCCAUUUCUCCCAGCCCCGUUCUCAAGCCGGAAAUUAACUUCAAAUUUGAAAGCUGCUUUGGAAUAACCUCUGCUCUCCACAACCCAACACUCGACAAAAACAACACCGUAGCACAGCAAAUCUUCUUUGACAGCCGCCAUCAUGCCCGCCAUGGGUAGUGUAUGGAAGCGUUUGCAGCGUGUUAAUAAACGCGCUGCCAAAUUUCAAUUUACCGCUUCGUAUCACGAACUCCACCUCGAAACAACGGCCAAAUGGCGCCCCUCAAACCUCUCAGUUGUUUGGACAAGACGUUCACGUCGUGUCGCCUCCGCCCCGCUGCCCUGGGAACCGGAUAUGAUGAAUCCGCUGGUCGGCAAUGUCACCUGGCCCGUUCCCGAUAAUCACGCCAUCACAGUAACACUGUUCAAGGAUCCGCGUACCCAUGAGUUGGAGGACAAGGAUUGGACAUUUGUUAUAGAGGAUAUAACUCCCUUGGGCAAAAAACGUGUCCUGGCCAAUGCCAAUAUCAAUAUGCGCAAAUAUGCCAGUAUCGAGUCGACACAACAGAGUUUUACGCUGACCCUCAAACCGGUGUCGCGUAAAGUCACCUCCGCCGAAUUGGAAUUGACCAUCAGCUGUGUGUUCCUCAGGGAGGGUAAAGCCACGGACGAGGACAUGCAAAGUGUUGUCUCUCUGAUGUCGGUGAACAACAACUGUGAUGUCGCCCCACUGGAUGAUCUCGAAGAUAUCCCUGACUUGGAAAAUUCGGCCGAUAUCUCGGAUCAUUUGUAUGAUUUUACACAGCAGCUGGAACAGAUGACAACCAGUUUGAAUGGUUGCAUGGAUCUGCCAACGCCAUUGAGUGUACCUUCUUUGUCCGAAGAUCCCACUCCAUUGGCCGAGGUUAAUAAUCUAAAUUUUGAAUUUGAAUCAGACAAACAGCCCCCCUUUACACCGCCACCGGGUGAUGGUGAUUUUAUGGAGGACUCUCUGAAGACACCCAGUGCUAGCCAGGCACCACAGGCCUCAUCAGCAACAGCAACGGCUGCCGCUGCAUCACUGCCCACGACAACAUCAUCUUCGUCAUCAUCCUCAAGAGAUCAAGUUCCUAGUUCCCAUGACACGGAAAUGGCCAAGAAGGAGCCCAAUCGGCUAAUGCGUAUUGUGACCUCAACACCCAUUGCCAAGGUGUUUGAUCAAAAGAAAUCCACGGAAAAGGCCAAUGAGGAACCCAUCAAACCGGCCCGGAAAAAUUUGAAAUUCCCCUCAACAUCAAACUCUCAAGAGGACCCCAAGGAGUCGUUAGAAACAACCAAAGAACACAACAAGUCCGACAAGAAGGAAGACUCCAACAAUACCCUGGAAGAGCUAUCCUUUGAUAGCCAUAGGAUUGCAGAGUCCACAAAAAUUUCGGACAGCACAAUUACCGCCACAGAGGGUAAGGGAGAAGGAGGAGGCGUGGAGGUGAGCUCCGAAAAAGAGAGCAACAAUGAAAGCAAGGACAACUUUUCGGCCAAACUAAAUGAACUGGAUAUCUCGUCGGCAUCGUUCAAAAACGAAAACCACAAAAGACCUGAAUUGCAGCCGCUGAAUCUGAAGAAAUCCUAUGAAUCCAUUGAACCCACACCAAACGCAAACAACAACACAUCCACAAAAACCUCUGGCAGUGAGACGAACAGCAGCAGCGAUAAGGCACCACCCUCGUCAAACAAUUCCAAUGGCCAUUUGUCCCAUGGCCACAAUGGCAUUGGCAAUAACUCCCUUAAGCCGGUCGAGAAAAUCAUACUCAAGGAGAACACCCCCGGCCAGGACCUCCUGGAAUGGUGCAAAGAAGUUACCAAAGAAUAUCCCAAUGUUAAGGUCACCAAUCUCACCACCAGCUGGCGUAAUGGCAUGGCUUUUUGUGCCAUCAUCCAUCAUUUUGAGCCAUCGAUAAUUGACAUGUCCAAGCUAACACCUCACGAUGUGGUUGGAAAUUGCCGCAUCGCUUUUGACGCCGCCGAGUCGCUGGGUAUACCGCGCGUCAUUGAGCCCAGCGACAUGAGUCUGCUGGCGGUGCCGGACAAAUUGGCCGUCAUGACGUAUCUACAUCAAUUGAGGGCCCACUUUACCGGCAAGCAGCUGCAAAUUGAACAAAUUGGUCCCACCUCGGACGAGUCCAGCUACGUCAUUGGCAAUUACAAAUCGGACAAUUUGUCGUCACAGAAUCUUUUGAAUCUGUCGCACUUGAAAGCACAACUUCUGCAUCAGAAUUCAUUGGACGAUGACAUCUUUGGGCUGGACAACAACAAGUCUCAGCUUUCGCCCACGGCAAAGAAAGAUGUUAAGAAUCUAAUUUUAUCCGGUUCGAAGAGUAUUCUCGGCAAGGUGCUGUCGCCGACAAAGGAUAAGAAUAGCAUUAAUGCGUCACAGCAUUCGAAUUUGAAUGCGUCCACAACACCGACAUCUACUCCCACAUCGGCCCUGAUUGAGGGCAACGGGUCGUUGGAGGAUCAGCAACAGCAUGCAGAUGAAGUCGUCAGUAACUCCUCCAAUCAAGAGAAUAUUUCCCAAAAUGCACAACUCAAGGAGAACCUCAUAUCGCCUGCAGCCCUGGAUCCGAACACAACAAAUAAAAUUUUAUCACGUCAUAAAGAGCAAAGUGAAAAAGCCCGCCAAAUGAUGGAGAAAUUACGAAUUUCUCAAAACGAAAGACUGGCAAAUGACGAGGAACGCCAACAACGUCUAAGGGAAGAGGCCCGACGCAUAAUACUCGAGACACGUGGCAAGUCCUCGUCGAAUCACAGCAGCCUGGAGAGUCCGACAUCACCUACGAAAAAUAAACGUUACAAUUUCACCUCAGAACGUACAAUAUCACCCAUCAGUAAUACUCUGGAUUUGGAUGAUUUUACGGUGGGCGGAGGAGGAGGAGGAGAGUCAUCGCCCAAAGCACCGUUAUCGCCGACAAAGCGUAUAACACCACCACGUGAUAAUGAUAGCAGUAGUAAUACAACAACAACAACAGCAACAACAAAUAGUAAAUUAAGUCCUAGUCAUAGAUUAAGUUUAACAAAUGGUGGUGGCGGCACUACCCUGCAGUCCUUCAACAAUGUCAUGGAUCGUCUGACACCAAAGAGCGAAAAUAUGCCCGAAAAGUUGGCAUUCAUCCAAUCCGAACUGGAGGCCCUGGAACGUGAACAGGUGGCCGUCGAUCAAAAGGCCAACAGCCUGGAAAAGAAACUGCGCGCCGUCAUGAGCGGCAAACCAAUUACGGAGGAAACCGAAGAACAACUCCUUUCACAAUGGUUUACAUUGGUCAACAAAAAGAAUGCCUUGAUACGGCGACAAAUGCAAUUGAAUUUACAUGAAAAAGAAUGUGAAUUGGAACAUAAAUAUAAUCUCCUCAAAGAAGAGUUGCGUGCUGCCCAAUCGAUAGAGGAUUGGCGCAAAACCGAGGCCCAAAGGGAAAAGGAACGUUUGCUGCUGGACAAAUUGGUUGAUGUGGUCGAUAAGCGUAACGAAUUGGUGCAGUGUUUACACAACGAAGAACAAGCCAUCGAAGAUGAUCAUGAAAUUGCCCGCAAUCUGGAACAGGUCAACAUUAGCGGCAACAAUGAGAAAUGUGUUAUAUCUUAAAGAGCUUUAACUGAAACAAAAACUUUACCAACGGAAUUCAAGAGACUUCCAUGACUGUGUGAAACAUGAAAAACAACAACUGACAUCAAAUAACAAAUACAAAAACAACCUUGAAGUCCUCUAACGUAUAAAAAAUUAAAAAAAAAAUUCUGGGGGACUUUGGAAAAUGAUCAACCAUAACGAACUUCUUAAACGUAAGAAACCCAAACAAACUAAAGCGUGCAACAAACCAACAACAAACAAAUUAACUACAAGAAAAAUUCUCUAUAUAUGUGUGUGUGUUUAGCUUUAUAUAUUUUAUAAAUUUAAAGAUAUAUAUAUAAUAAUAUAUAUAUAUAUAGAUAUAUAGAUAUCAACUUAAUACAAUAUACAUUCAAACCAAUAGACCCAACACAUAGUAACAAAUAGAAAAUUUUCAAAAUAAUUUUUCCCAAAAUUAAAGAUCUGUUUCUGUGCGACAAUACGAAAGUGAAUUCCAAAGAAAUACAUUCUAUUCCAUGUGGUUAUUUUGAAAUAAAAAUAAAAAAAUUGAACAUCCCACAAGGACUGGAAUUUUAUUUUUCGAAUUUACUCUGAUAUCAUCAUACAUAAACAGCCCUUAAAACUCCAAACAUUCUACAAUAUCAAGAAGCGGUAGGAAGAAAAGAAAAAAGAAAACAAAAUUGAACAAUAUUAAAACUCUAAAAAAAUGAACCUUACCCCAAAAAGGUAGAUCACCUAAAAAACACCUGCAUACAAACAUACAUAUUUUGAAAUUUAAAAAAAACUCUAUCACAAAAAAAGGAAGAAACGCUAUUUUUCGGUAACCAAGUUUAAAACAAAACCCCCCAAAAUUAUAUUUCGAAAAACCAAUCAACCAAAAAAACAAAUUUGAAAUUUAAGAAUUUAAAGAAACAAAAAAAAAAAAUAAAAAGAGAAAAGGAAAAUCUAUUUCAAAACCAAACGUCCGUUAGUUAUUUAAGAUAAAGACUAUAAUUUAAACUAUGAAAAAAGAGGAAGAAGAUGAAGAUAACAAAAUAUGUAUAUCUAAAGAUAUAUAUUAUGUAUGGAAAACAGAUAUAUACGAAAAAUUAUUGCAACAACUAGUUUCAACAAAUCCAAAAUUAUUUCAAAGAGCAAUACGGGAAGUUGUUUUGACAAUUUUGAAGAGAGAAAGGCAUUUUUGAAAUAGUUUUUGUAAUAAAGUUGAUUAUUUUAGAACGGUUUUCGAGUGAAAAACAACAGGUGGUAAAUUAUUCUUUUUUUAUAGAUUCAUAAUUAAAUUGAUGCUUUCUAACAGUUUCCACCUUUAACGCACUUUUAAGAUUUAUAACAGUUUCAAAUUUUAUAACAAUUUCCAAUUUUCCAAAUCCAAUCCAAAUUUUAUAACAGUUUCAAAUUUUUUUGGAACAAUUUCAACUUUUAUAAUACUUUUAACUUCUAUAGCAGUUUCAAAUGUUAUAACAGUUUCAAAUUUUAUAACAAUUUUCACUUUUAUGGCAGUUUCAAGUUUUUAACAGUUUUAUCUUUUAUAGCAGUUUUAACUCUUAUAAGAGUUUUAAUUUCUAAAACAAUUUCAACUUUUUUAACAAUUUCAACUUUUUUUAUAACAGUUUCAAAAUUUAUAACAAUUUCAAACUUUAUAAAAAUUUCAAAUUUUAUAACAAUUUUAACUUUUAUAAGAGUUUUAUCUUUUAUAUCAGUUUCAAAUGUAAUAACAGUAUCAAAUUUUAUAACAGUUUCAAGUCUUAUAAUAGUUUUAAUUUCUAAAAUAAUUUCAACUUUUUUAACAAUUUCAACUAUUAUAACAGUUUUAACUUUUAUAACAGUUUCAACUUUUAUAACAAUUUCAAAUUUUAAAACAUUUUCAACUUUUAUAAUACUUUUAACUUCUAUGGCAGUCUGAACUGUUAUAACAGUUUCAAAUUUUAUAACGAUUUCAACAUUAAUGACAGUUUAAAGUCUUAUAACAGUUUCAACUUUUAAUAACAGUUUCCACUUUUAUAACAGUUUCAACUUUUUUAUAACAGUUUUAACUGUUAUAACAGUUUCAAAUUUUAUAACGAUUUCAACAUUAAUGACAGUUUAAAGUCUUAUAACAGUUUCAACUUUUAAUAACAGUUUCCACUUUUAUAACAGUUUCAACUUUUUUAUAACAGUUUCAAAUUUUAUAACAAUUUUCACUUUUUCAAGUUUUUAACAGUUUUAACUUUUAUAGCAGUUUUAACUGUUAUAAGAGUUUUAAUUUCUAAAACAAUUUCAACUUUUUUAACAAUUUCAACUUUUUUUAUAACAGUUUCAAAAUUUAUAACAAUUUCAAACUUUAUAAAAAUUUCAAAUUUUAUAACAACUUUAACUUUUAUAAGAGUUUCCCGAAGCAAUUCCAGGCUGAAAAUAUACCCUAUAUAACAGUUUCGGAAUCGAAUAUUACUUUUGAAACAUUUUCAAAUUGGGUCAGACUAGUUUAUAACAGUAUCAAAUUCAAGUUGAAACCAAUUUUUAAGGAGAUUUCCAAAACAAUCCAGAAUCUGUCAAACUAAAUUUGCUUUUAUAACAGUUUCAAACCGAAACUGUUAUAACAGUUUAAACCAAAUGUUUACUUUUAGAUUUUUUCAAAGAGGCUCAUUAAGACCUACAAACGUAAAUUUUUAAGACCCUUUCAAGGCCUUUAAAUCAGGAUUUUUAAAGACCUUUCCAAGACGUUUUAUUCAGAUUUUUUAAUGUCUUCUCAUGGUCUAUAAACUGGGCUAUUUAAAGAACCUCCCACGAUCUUCAAACAUGAAGUUUAAAAGACUUUCUAAAGGGUCUCAUACGUGGAUUUUUAAGGACCUCCUCAAAGUCCCCACUUAAUUCGAGAAUUUUUGACCUUUAGAAGGCCCUCAAAUGGGAAUUUUUGAAUACCUUCUAAAGGCCCUCAAACAUGUACUUCUUAAAGACAUUUCCAAGGACUUUUAUCCAGUAGUUUUAAGGACCUCCUUAAGUCCUUUCAAAGUAUUUUUUUAAAUACACACUAAGACCUUUGGGUGUGAUUUUUUAAAGAUCCCACCAACACAUUUGAAAGUGGAUUUUCAAAGAUCCCACCAACACCUUUGAACGUGAAUUUUUAAAGACUUUGGAACGUGGACUUUUAAAGACUUUGGAACGUGGAUUUUUAAAGACUUUGGAACGUGGUUUUUUAAAGACUUUGGAACGUGGAUUUUUAAAGACUUUGGAACGUGGAUUUUUAAAGACUUUGGAACGUGGAUUUUUAAAGACUUUGGAACGUGGUUUUUUAAAGACUUUGGAACGUGGUUUUUUAAAGACUUUGGAACGUGGAUUUUUAAAGACUUUGGAACGUGGAUUUUUAAAGACUUUGGAACGUGGAUUUUUAAAGACUUUGGAACGUGGAUUUUUAAAGACUUUGGAACGUGGAUUUUUAAAGACUCCACCUCCCCCCACCCUUGGACGUGGGUUUUUAAAGACCGCACCCAACACCAUUGAAUGUGAAACUGUUUUUAGUGACAUUUCGAAGUUAAACUAUUCUAUUUAGAAUAAUUUUAAGGUAAACAUUUUCUUUUAGAGCAGUUCUAGACUGUUAUAUAAGAGCCAAUUUUAAACUGUUAUAAAAAUCGGCUUUUCAAAGAAACUUCAUUUCAAUCAGUUACUGUUCUAAAACAUUCUAAAAAAGUUAGAAAUCAAAAAAAAAAAAAGAGCUGUUCUGUUCCAAACCAAGCAGUUUUGGCCUGAAACUGUUCUAAACGAAUAGGUUUCGUUCUAAGAAUCACCUUCGUUUCAAUUGGAUCUGUUGUAAUUGGAUAGAUAAUUUUCAGUCUGACAUGCUUCUAAGGAACCUAGUUUAAAUUUUUAAAUUACUCCAAAAUCUCAGUUCUGUCUACAACUGCUCUAAGACUUUAUUUUUCCUACGAAAACUGUCCUAAAGUAGUAGAUUUUUUUUUCAAAGCUUUUCCAAACAUAAGUUUUAGUCGGAAACAAAUUUCCCAAAUUGCUCGAAAUUCCCUCGAAUUUGUCAUUUCGUUUUGAAAAUUUGAAUUUGAAAUUUUGAAAAUUGAAUUUUUGUUUUGAUUUAUUUUGUGCCAUUGUUUUUUUUUUCGUCGAUCCGCUUUCUUACCCACAACUCUUCCAUUUAUUUUUGAUGUUCGCUUACAAGUCCCAAGAAAAAAAAUAAAAGAAAAACCUACCCUCGCCAAUAUAGUCCAAAAUUCCUUUGGAGACCUACAAUUUUAUGAUACUCAACUCACUUAAAAAAAAGAAGCAAAAAUUUUUAUGUUUCUUUUUAUAUUUUUUAGAAAGCCCCCCUCCCCCAAAUAUGUUUUCAAUUUACUUUUUGUUAAAAAGAAAAAUUUACACAAUAUUUUUUAUUGUAAAUUAUUAUUACAAAACCACUUUUGUAAGGCUUCUCACCAAAAAAAAGAAAAACCCUCAAUGCAGAUAACAAAAUUUUAAAAAUGAAAACGAACCUGAAGGAUUUUUUAACUUUUUAUUUUAUAUUGUAUUUUUUAUUUUAAUUAGAAAUUUAAGUUAAUUUCUUUGUGUAUAAUUUUUUUUUUAAAUUAUAAAUGACUAAAAAAGAACAAGGAAUAUGAAAAACAAUAAAAAACAACUUAACUACUGGAUGAAAAA